CCGCGCGAGGCCGGGCGGCGUGGCGGUGCUGGCUGGCCGCCCGCGGCCAAGGUGCGAGCGGACCGCGGCGGGCUCCGGCGCGGAGCGGGGGCGCGCGGCGCGGAGCAGCCCAGCGCAGCGCGGCCCGGCGCGGGCAGAGACGAACCCGCGGGCGGCGGCGGCGGCUCCCGGCCCGGCGGGUGCAGGGCCUCCGACAGAGCUGCGGCGGAGCGGGGCCUCGGCCGGGGCGCUGGGGGAGCCCGCCGCGGCGGGCAGCAGCAGGAAGCGGCGGCGGCGCGUCCCGGGCGGUGCACGCCAUGUCGGGCGGGCUCCCCAAGGCCCUGCCGUCCACGGGGCCCCACUCCCUGCGCGACAUGCCGCACCCGCUGGCCGGCUCCAGCAGCGAGGAGGCCGUGGGCGGCGACAGCACGCCCAGCCCGGACCUGCUCCUGGCCCGCAGCUUCGCCGACAAGGAUCUCAUUUUGCCCAACGGUGGUACUCCAGCAGGUACUUCGAGUCCAGCUUCUUCAUCUUCCCUUCUCAACAGACUUCAGCUGGAUGAUGACAUCGAUGGCGAGACCAGGGAUCUCUUUGUCACAGUGGAUGAUCCCAAGAAGCACGUCUGUACCAUGGAGACCUACAUCACGUACAGGAUCACCACCAAAAGCACUCGGGUGGAGUUUGACCUGCCUGAAUAUUCGGUCCGGCGAAGAUACCAGGACUUUGACUGGCUGAGGAACAAACUGGAAGAAUCGCAGCCCACUCAUCUCAUUCCCCCGCUGCCGGAGAAGUUUGUGGUGAAAGGUGUUGUGGAUCGUUUUUCAGAAGAAUUCGUGGAGACCAGGAGAAAAGCUUUGGAUAAAUUCCUGAAAAGGAUUACGGAUCAUCCUGUGCUUUCUUUCAAUGAACACUUUAAUGUUUUCCUUACUGCUAAGGACCUGAACGCCCACAAGAAGCAAGGGAUGGCGCUGCUGACCCGCGUGGGCGAGUCGGUCAAGCACGUCACCGGCGGCUACAAGCUGAGGAGUCGGCCUCUGGAGUUUGCAGCCAUAGGCGAAUACCUAGACACAUUUGCGCUCAAACUGGGAACCAUAGAUCGGAUAGCCCAGCGGAUCAUCAAAGAGGAAAUAGAGUACCUCGUGGAGCUGAGAGAAUAUGGGCCUGUGUACUCCACGUGGAGCGCCCUGGAGGGGGAGCUGGCUGAGCCGCUGGAGGGGGUGUCGGCUUGCAUCGGCAACUGCUCCACCGCCUUGGAAGAGCUGACGGACGACAUGACCGAAGACUUCCUGCCUGUGCUCCGGGAGUACGUCUUGUACUCCGACUCCAUGAAGAACGUGCUGAAGAAGAGGGACCAAGUGCAAGCAGAGUACGAGGCCAAGCUGGAAGCCGUGGCCCUGAGAAAGGAAGACCGCCCCAAGGUGCCCGCGGACGUUGAGAAGUGCCAGGACCGGAUGGAGUGUUUCAACGCCGACCUGAAAGCUGACAUGGAGAGGUGGCAGAACAACAAGCGGCAGGACUUCCGGCAGCUGCUCAUGGGCAUGGCCGACAAGAACAUCCAGUACUACGAGAAGUGCCUCACAGCGUGGGAGUCGAUCAUCCCACUGCUGCAGGAGAGACAGGAGGCCAAGUGAGUUCCUGCUCCCAUGGAGGCUCCUCCGCCUGCCCGGGGCGCGGCGCCCCAUCCCAGCGUGCCCCCGCCGUGCCGGCGCGGCGGCGCUGAGACAACGACCGCAGGGACAUCUGUCCUCAUGGAUUUCUUUCCCAUCCCCACCUGCCUUUGUCCGACAGUCAUUUUUAACUAGUAUUUCCUCCCCGGCGGAGCCUGGAGGGCCGUGGUCAUCUCAGCCAAAGCCGCGCGCCUCCGUGCUGUGAAGGGACCUGUGACGCGGAACACCGGGAAGAUUGGACAGUCGGCAGCUGACGUUCCGAUACCUCCUUACGGUUUCCUGUCUGGGGACGUUGGAGUUAGUUGCCUGUGGUGGAAGAGAACUGGGGUCCAGCUUUCCAGGGACACGAGGACGGCACCGACAGAGGGCCACUCUUGCGCUGCAAGGGCGCAUGCACGGCAGCUCUGGGCCCGACCUCUCUGGGCAUCCACACGGUCUCAGCCCAGCGGGAGGGGGUGGCCCCUCCGUGGAAGGUCCUUCGUGGUCAGCAGCCUGGUGCCGCGAGUGUGGCCUGCUGCCUGCGUGUGAUGGGCGGCGACACCUCCGUUACAAUUCCUGGCUCGGACAGGACCGUCGAACUCAGUGUCUGUGUGCAUCCGCGCCAGUGCGAGCCGGCCAGCGUCCUGGUCCUCACGCGGAGCCCCCACGGGGACCACGCUCCCCGAAUGUGGUUCUGACACUAGAAUGCAGUAGAUUGGAAACUCUUUUUGUGUAAAAUGAAAAAAAAAGGUGCGUUUUUUUUUCUGUGACGUUCUUCCAUGUGUUCCUUUCGCUUGUUAGAUGUCAGUGGCCUGGAGACCAGGCCCGUCAGGGAGUAGCUGCUGUCCUGAAGGCGGGUCGCUCCCGGCGGCUGCGAUCCCUGGGCAGGUGCCAGGCCGUGCCGCCCACGUCUGCUUUGCGCAAUGGCCGUUGCCACACCAAAAAUUCCUAGUUUAAUGUUUGCUCUUGUGCCCCCGGGUGUGUGGGCAGCCUUGUGGGGAGAAACUGGCGUGUUGUUGCGACACAGGCGAGAUUUUGUGAGCUCCGUGCGAGUGGCCUGCGUGCGGUGCUUCAACCGGCACUGGUGUCUGAUCAGGGAGAAGAGUCGGUGUCUGGGGGGCCUCCAAGGGGACUCCAGCGGCAGCGGACCCCCCUCCCAGUGAAGCCGCAGCCCAGGUGCAGCCGGGUUCCUGCCGGCUGCCUCUGGAGUCCCGGUGUCCAGCUGUUACCAGGUUUGCUUUUCAGAUCGACAGAAACACAAGCAGACAGAAAAGGAACUCUGGUUUUUUUCUUUCCUUCUCCUGAAAAGAAGCUCUGUAUGUCGCUUGUGUGUUCUUUCAUCUGUGGCUCAUCCCUAUACAAUUUUAAAUCUCAAAUAAGUGAUAGUAUUUUUUUUAAACGGAACCCUGCUGCCCUCGGAAGUCAAUCGGUGAACGGCGGCCAGCGUGCGGCAGGUUGGAGUCGCUUCAUUCUGCUCCCGACGGCAGCCGUGGCAGCCGUGGCAGCCGUGACGGCCACGGCCGGGCUGCUGCUGGGGCAGCGGUCGGCCGGCACGGACCAGCUCGGUUCUGUCUCCUCGUGUCUGAAAAAGUCGCGGUUUGAGUCGUGAUUUUUAUAUCGGUGGGUGCUUGACGGCACCGUUAGAGCCCUCCUGUGCCAUCCUCAGCCCUUCGAUGUGAAUUCUCGGUCUGGUACGAUUAGCAAGGAUUCCCUGAGGCAGACACGUACGAACAGCCCACCCACCCCGAGGGGCGAUGCAGUGUGUCUCUCUACCUCUGAGCCAGCACGUGGGUGUGGCCGGGAGUGCCCAGGCCCAACCCCACUGCUUGCUGGUGGAGUCGGGCCGGGUCGACGGCCCUCUGUGGAUAUUUGGUAGAAAACACUAGACAGACCCAAUAACAAAUGCUCAUCUUCAGGAAUGUGUGAGGACUUGCCUUAUGGAAUACAUGCUUUAAAACAGUCGCCCGGUGUGGUGAAUACUUAGAACCAUGGCAGAGGCUACAAGGAGACUACACCGUAGUCUGCUGCUCGUUGCCAAAGCCCAGGGACAGUCCUGUGUAAGGGUUAGUGGGGAAAGAAGGCAGCCCUUCAGAAAGACACCAGGUUCAUCGCUGGGGCACUUGGGGAAGGGAGCAGGGUCCACAGCCCCCCCCACCCCACACACUGCCGGAGGCAGAAGACUAGCUCUGAAAGGGUUUGGGCAUCUCGGGAUUGUCCUUCUCCCUUUGGUCCCCGUGUUGCUUUAAGACAGCAGAGAGAACUGGAACAGGGCGAGUUGCCCUCCAUCUGCCACAGAGCACAGAGCCCGGAAAACCAGUCCCUGUGGUGGACUUCCUCGGAGGGGGAGCCUGGACUGCAGCAUCUGAUGCGGGAGGGCUGGACCAGAAGGACAGGGGCAGCAGGCAGUGAACGAGGGAGGCCCUCCGGUCCUUCCCGCGGCUCCCUCGGGCCCCCGAGGGUCGGCAGCCCCAAGCGUUUGCCUCUUCAUUUCGCUCAGCACAAAAGGGAUUGUUCCCCCGUGAGAUGUGGAACCCGGGGACUUCUGUGCCAAAGACCGCCUCGCAGAGGCUCCGUCACCCCAUCCUUCUCAGCUCCACGAAGCCGGGGUGCUGGGAUCCCCGACUCCUGUCUUGUACUUACUUUCUGGGAGACUUGCCGUUGCAGACACGCCUCGCCUCAGGCAGACAGACUCAGGCAGGGGUGAAGGCUCUGGCACCUGGCAGUGCAGCGGGAAGGCCUCCCUGUGCACCGCCCGCGGGCCUGGGCAGUGAAAGGUUGCAUUACCCAGGUUCAAACCCAGGCUAAGGCAGGAGAGGGAAGUCCUAGAAACCGAGCAGAUUUUAGAGCGUGAAGGAUGUUGAAGAGGGCGGUUGUAGCUGGUCCAGAUAUGGACCCUGCUCUUUUUUUUUUUUUUUUUUUUUAUCAUGUGGUGAGGUCAGCGGGAAGAUUCUAGGCUACUGUGCAAGGAACCACCACCCCUCGUGGAGGAGGAGCGUCCUGCUCAGCCAGGUCCGGGGUCGGGAUGUCCCCUUGAAUAAGACGACAGCGAUUCCUGGUGAGCGCGAAGAAGUGCGGUCCUGGAGGUGACUGGCUCGUAUUUCACUGAGCUGCUCCUGGAACCCAACCAGAUGCCCUUCUUCAGCUGACAUAACGAAGCCCAGCACCGCGCUGGGGAUCGCGGUGAAUCGGGCAGAAGUUUGUCUUCGUGCCAAACUUCAGCCACAGCCAGACUGUGUCCUCGUGGUGUUGAGCUGGAUGUGUCUUCUCAGUCGCCGUCUGUGUGAGGAAACGAAGGGCGCACUGGCUGCUCCUUCCUCGCGUGGCUGCCUUCUGUUUGGGACGGAACGACGGGAAGUUCCGCCUUUUGGGGUGGGGGGUGCGUGAUGGCCCCGUGGCAGCCUGCAGGUGGAGUUUCUCUUGGGACGGGAUCAGUCCAAGCAACACCCAGAGUUUGUGUGCCUUGGCCCUGCCGUUGACAGCACUGAAAUCACGGGUACUGGCUCUGUUUUGUGGCCGUUCAUGGGACUGCAGGAGAGUCAUUGUCUGCAGUCUGUCCUGGCUGGUGCGAGAGGAGGGACAGCGAGGCGCAGAGCGACCUCUAGGUCUGUGCUGGCCUGCUCUGUUCGGGUCUUGGGAUGGGUUAGAGCCAGGCUCUGCUCUGGCUGCCCCCAGAGGUGCUUCCGCUCAGAAAAUGGGCUGCCCGUGCCCAGGGCGUGGGCUCACCACCCGGGACCCCGCCUUCCUAGCCUCCUCCUUUAAAGGCCCAUGGGAACUGGGUGGUCUAAUUCUAAGGCUGGGGGAACACUGCUUUGGUCGUCCCCACUUACAAAAUUAUGUUGGGAAUGGGGGUUUGCGUCUUACUUUUCAAAAGUCCUCGAGGUGGCAACAGAUUGGACUCGCCCUCCCACUCCUCAUGUUUUCUCUGUGCAGAUGGCAGGUGGCAUUUAUCCGUAAAGUUGAGGAAAAUGUCAUCCCCUGGGCCAGCCAAAUGGAGCUGGGCAUGUUGGAGCUGUUCUCUUCCCUGUGAUUUUUAAAGUUCAGCAAAUGAUCCAGAAACCCCAUUUUGGAUCAGCCCACCCCACAGGGGGUGAGGUUUGCAUUUGAAGGGUGCCUGAGCUCCCCACAGCUGCACAGACCGGAGCCCCGCAGGGCUGACGCCUCAGAAAAGGUGAGCGGGGACCAUGUUACCGGGCAUGACUGUCCUUUCUUAGUGUCGUGUGUUUGAAAUGCUUCCUGGGUGUGGCUGUCUACUCCUUUCGGUGGGCCAGGAAAAAAUAUGUAUUAUCCAGGUAGUUUUUACCACUGUAGACAGCCUGUAAAUAAGUACUUCAGGAAAAAAAAUAACUUAAACCAGUACGAUUAUUUGUCCCAUACACAAAUAUUCUGGGUACUUAGCACUAGAAAAUCAACAAAUCCAGACUUUUUAAAAAGGCCCCAAACUGUUAAAAGCUUAACUCUGCUUUUUGAGAAUUUGUCAACACCUAUUCAAAUGCCUUAUUCUUCAACUAGUGUGUUUUAGAUUCUGGAUAGAAAGAGUUUUAGAAACUGUAAUCAGUUGUCCUGCUUCCGCACCGAAGGUCUGACGUGGCCGGUCUGCGGCCCUCUUAAAGACACAAGCGAGAAAGUGAGGUUCACCACUGGGCUGUCCUGUGGGAGGGGGAAGCUGAGCAGUGCUAUUGCCAAAUGAUGCUUUCGAUGAUGUAAGGAAACACAGGGACCACAAACCCCUUUUUUGUUUGAACGUGUAAAAGAUUAAUUUAGCGCCUUUUGUCACAUGUUUGAUUGUAGAGAAUACCUAGUAUCAGUGCCGGCAAAUCACACAGGUGCAGAGAACGCUCCAGACUUGGACACCAUUAAAGCUUUGCCCGGGCUCUGCAGAGCAGCUUCUUCAGAGAUGCUGCUCAGAGCAGCGUGUUUCAGAAAGAAACUCUCUGCAGGUUGAAAUGCCAAAAAACAUAGAACGUAUUGUGUCGAUUCACGUAAUUCAGUCCAUUAUAACAGAGCUGUUCUGUGAAAACCAGUGAUUGAGCACUGCACGCGUGCCCCUAUCCCCGUGUGACCCCGGCUCCCCGCGUGGGCCAGGUGAGGGCAGGCAGCACCUGUGGGCACCCACCCCUGUUUGACAGGCUGGUUUGCAGACCAACCCUCCGGUCCCCUACUGGAAAGAAAGGGGGGUUGCUUUCACCUCGGCGUGGAAAUGGAGCGGUGAAAAUAGGUUGCAGACAAACAUGUGAAUCAGGGUGUUGAAACGAUGCCUGUGUCAGCGGGGCCUUCACGGAACGGCGGCCAGCACCAGCCACCCGGACACCUCUGAGGCUGGGGCCCGCCCAGGAGACACCCUGUCCGCUGUGCUUCCGAGCGCCUGCUUCCCGGUGUCCGUGAGAUGGGGGUGCACUGAGAACUGGUGGGCACCCGUGGUGUUCCCAUGAAAUAAACUGCCAGCAGACUUUCUAACUCGUAUUUUAACUGUUGAAAAAGAUUUUUAAAAAAUCUUUUGCUUAGGUCAUGUCCAAAUUAUGGACUGUAUUUCCUAUGUUUAGAAAUCAUUCUUUACAUUUAAAGUUUUAAGAGGAAAAAAACCCUUCCGAGGUACUGAUAAAGUCCUUUGCAUAAUUGUGUUCUCUCCUCUCCACGCUGCCAUUAAGCCAAACCAAAAGCUGUGAAAAUAAAGACAAAUGUGUUCAAGAAUGCGUGUGGGCGAGAAAGCCUUUUUAUUUACAGAUUGAAGUCUCUGUCUCACAAAGCUACCAAAUUUUAAAAAGAAUGUCACCUCUUCUUCCUUGUUGUGCAACCCAGAGAUUGUAAAAAGAAAAAAAAAAGAGCUUUUGUUGCAUUUUUGAUGCUGGCACGAGGUUUUUGUCCACUUUUUUUUUCCAUGUAUCUGUGUAUAAAAAAUUCUGUCCAUUGUUUACUAUGGGAUUAGUAUUACAUUUUGAGGUAAACAAAAGAAUUUGUAUUGCUUGAUAAACUGUUAGCGUGUAAAUUUCCAAGGGUUCUUUACCUCAAUUAACUUAAAGUAAUGGACCAAUAAACCUAUGAAAGAUGCUUUCUUUA